AGUUAUUUGUAGGGCUUGAUUAAAAGAUUCACAACAUCUUGAGAAAAAAAGACAGAUUCUUUAGUGAUUAAGUAAGUGUAACUUUUGUUAGUUUUUGAUGCUAACGUUAACGCUGAAAUCUGUUCCAGGAGUAGUUAGCAGUUAGCAUCCUUUUUGUUUACAUGAUCUACACUGUAGGUUUUCUGCAAAAGAAAUGUUUUUGAUUGUUUAGUUGGUUUUUUGUUUUGUUUUGUUUUUUUUGUUUGUUUGUUUGUUUGUUUUACCUCAUCCUGUGGCAGGCUGUUCCAGUUUAUGAAUUAAGGUUGAACAUUAUGGUUGUGAAUCUCUGCCUCCCACACUUCAACACAACAGUACAUUGCAACAAGCUGUGUGCAGAUGGGUAUGACGUCACUAACCUUGUGUCAGCUGAUCCGGCUGCUCGGAGGCGGGGCUUCAAGCUGGAGUACUUUCUCCGUCCACCUGUAGAAGUAACAUUGAAGUUUGGCUUCCAGGUGGAGCUGUGCAGAGUUGAUGUGGAACUAUGGCCCACAGGUAUGGACCGAGGACACUCCCGCAAGAUUGAGAUCAGCACCAGUUCUGAUCCACUGCCUCCUCAGAGUUUUUAUCAAGGACACAAACAGAAUCAACAGAAAGACCUGUUGCAGAUGAAGGACCAGAGUGAACAGACGCAAGAAAAACAGAAAUAUGAGUCUCAGAGAGGAACUCAAGCAUGCAAGGGGCAGAAUGUCCAACAGCACACUCAGUCAAACUCUGAAUCAUCCAGCAACCAUGAGCCACAGUUUAAAUUGGUGGGUCACUGCGAACUUAGGGAUGAAACUCAAGUCUGCUUCUCCCGUUCAAAUUUUUGUCCUCGGCCUCCAUUCUCCUCGCCUCCUCCUCCACAAUCUGCUCACUGUCGUAAAGCUGAGCUUUGGAGCAGAGGGCUGCCAUCGUUAUGUUCUGUGUCACAGCUUCGUGUGACUUUGCCAUGCGGUGGUGCCGCCUCUGCUGUGGGACUUAAAGCUUUAGCAGUGUGGGGGCAGCCUGCUCGCUGCUGCUCUGUAGAAGAUGUGGAAAGGAUUAAAAGAGUCCACAAAGACAGUGAAAGACAGCUGUUGCAGCCUGUUUUUUCUGGCUUUUCUGUUAAUCAGACAAAGCCUAAAUUGCCUGCAAUAGCAACUCCAAGGCAUCUGACAGUCCCAGAAGAGUUCCUUGACCCCAUAACCCAGGAAGUAAUGACGUUGCCCGUGUUGCUGCCUAGUGGUGUGUCAGUGGACACGACGACUCUGGAGGAGUACCACAAGCGGGAAUCCACUUGGGGUCGACCACCAAACGACCCCUUCACUGGUGUCCCGUUCACUGCAGCCUCCCAGCCACUUCCUAAUCCCCUUCUGAAAAGUCGCAUAGACCAGUUCUUUUUGCAGAAUGGCACAAUAACCAGGGACUUGAUGUUGGGGAGGCGAGAACAGCAAGAGAAUCCUCAACCCUCAAGGCUUGUAGCUUCUAAAGAAGAUGGCAAAUUCCUCAACUUUCCAUGUAAAGGCUCAGCAAACAUUCCUGUCCCACCUCAUUCUGGUGGAGUAAAUACAAGUAGGAUAAUAGUUGGUGGGCAAGGACACGAAUCAGACACUGGGAAUGAAACACCUGCCUCCCAGCCUCAAAACAGAGAUUGUCAAUCAAAUUUGGACAGGAGCGAGAAGCGACAGCUAAGGAGAAGUCCCAAAGAACCAAAUGAAACUUCAGAUGCAAACCAAUUGCUUCCUCUUUCAAAAAGAAAAAGGAAUGAUGUAAACUCCAGUAACAUCUGCAGUUCUCAUGAGCAGCAUUUGUCUGACAGCUUGGAUGAGGCUCUCUUCUUCGCACUGCAGGGCCGACCCUCUUUCACCUCAAAUUUCUCCCUGCAAAGACAGGUUGCCGCUGACACAGAGCCACUUCUUUCACAGUGUCAGAAAACAGGUGAGAAGACGUGCUCUUUGUGCUCCUGUUCUGUAUCCAUUUACUCCACAUCUGUGUCGUCCAUCUACCGCCUUCCCUGUGGACACUUGCUGUGCCGGCUCUGCCUGCAGAGGGAAUCGCAGCCACCAAAAUCUCUCUCUGUGGUAACACCCACUCACAUAGUGUGUCCUUCCUGCCACAGCCUUGCAGCCCGCGGACAAAUCACACGUGUGCAUCACUGACACAUGACGAAGAUGACAAGGGACGAUCCGGUACUCCAGUAGCUUAGUUCUGAUGUUUUGCUAUUGUGGCUGUUAUUGAUGUAGCUGAAGAUGUAACUGUGUUGAUAUCUGAUAAUGACCAUGUAUUUGUUCUCCAGCCUUCCUUCUGUCUCUACAUACUGUAUAAUCUACACCCCUUUAAUUUGUAUUAUUUAUUUCAUUUGUUCUGCAGAUUUCCUGUACUUGAUGUAUUUUUCUUUGAACUUAUUACAGAAUCACACUCUCCCUGUGAAGUGCACGUGAUCUGUGCACAUGCUUAUUUCUGCACAUAUGCCAAAUGCAGCAAGUCAGUGCAUAAAUGCACUGAGACAUGUUCAAAAGGUUUGUUUGUUUUAAAUUCAAAACUAAGUGUUGCAAUGAAGUAUUGUGAGCUAAGAGACACGCUAUGGGUUCAUUUUUGGUGCGGUGCCAGGCUGUGCAGAUUUGAGUAUCUCACAGAGGACCUCCUGGGAUUUUCAUACAGAAAUUACUGAUGUCUAUGGUAGUUGCUGCUUUCAUAAAAACACGAGUUAUUAAAAUUUGUC